UGACGUUGAAAUCAAUCGACUGAAUUAGGUUGUAAAGUGUUCUGUGAAAACAUGCGUCUUAAAAUUCUGUCGUAGUUUCAUUGUCAUUGUUAUUAGGUUAUGUGUGGAUUACGUGGGAGUUUUUACAUUUUUAGUGACAAAAUGAACGGCCACAACCUCCUGGUUCUCUACGGGAGCCAGACAGGAACAGCGCAAGAUACAGCUGAGCGGAUCGGCCGUCAAGCACAGAGGAAGCGGAUGAGAGUCCGAGUGGAAGCCCUGGACACUUACAAUGUGGGCAACCUGAUCUCAGAGUCCCCGGUUGUGUUUGUCUGUGCCACAACUGGACAGGGUGAUCCACCAGACAACAUGAAGAAAUUUUGGAGAUUCCUGUUCAGAAAGUCUUUGCCUGCUGAUUCUCUUAGUCGUCUUGACUGUGCUGUUCUGGGUCUUGGAGACUCCUCCUAUCCAAAGUUCAACUUUGUUGCUAAGAAGCUCCAUAAGCGUUUGCUUCAGCUUGGAGCUAAUAUGCUGCUGCCUGUUGGACUGGCUGAUGAUCAACAUGAUCUAGGGCCCGAUGGUGUGAUCGACCCAUGGUUGCUUUCGUUUUGGCAGAAAACUCUAUCUCUCUACCCACCCCCUGCUGGCCUCGCUCCACUCCGUGAUGAAGACAAGCUUCCACCUCGAUUCGUUUUCAGUUUACUAGAUGAAGUCCCAAACCACCAGGUUGAGCAUCUCCAGAGACUUAUCAAUGAAGCCCCUCCCACCUCAUUGCAUCCUUUCCCAGCUCGAGUAGUGUUCAAUCAGAGAGUGACUCAUCCCUCACACUUCCAGGAUGUGAGGCAUAUUGAGUUUGACAUCACAGACUCUAACAUCCAGUACAAUGCAGGUGAUGUUGUAAUGAUGAGGCCCCGUAACGCUGCAGAGGACAUCAAGCAGUUCUGUCAACUCUUGAGACUUGAUCCUGAGUGCUACUUUACGUUAACCCCCACUGACAGUAGCACAGCAGUUGUUCCUGCACGGCUCCCGCAGCCCUGCUCUGUUCACUUUCUGGUGGAACAGUUCCUAGACAUUUCUGCUGUUCCACGUCGUUCCUUCUUCGAGGUGCUGGGCACUUUUGCCACUGAUGAGCUGGAGUGUGAAAAACUGCUGGAGUUUAGCUCAGCUGUGGGUCAGGACGCUCUUCACGCUUACUGCAACCGACCCCGUCGAACAGCUCUGGAGGUACUGGCAGACUUCCCUCAUACCACAGCUGAGCUGAGUGUUGACUACCUUUUGGAUCUUUUUCCUGAAAUCCAGCCUCGAUCCUUCUCUAUUGCCUCUUCGCUCUUGGCACACCCCAACCGCAUUCAAAUCUUACUUGCAGUGGUGAAGUAUAAAACCAUGCUUUUUAAGCCACGUAUGGGUUUCUGCUCAUCCUGGCUGGCUUCCCUAGACCCCUCUAAAGGAGAGAUUUACGUACCCUUGUGGGUCAAGAAAGGCAGUUUGAGUUUCCCUGAGGACCAAGACACCCCUGUGAUAAUGGUGGGACCAGGGACAGGUGUGGCUCCAUUCAGAUCUGCCAUACAGGAGAGGGUUGCUCAGGGGAAGAUGGAUAACGUGCUGUUCUUUGGCUGCCGAUCUGAGACAAAAGACUUCUACUGUCAGUCAGAAUGGGAAGAGAAAGUGCAAGCUGGCCAGAUGACCCUUUUCACAGCUUUCUCUAGAGACCAGGAGGAUAAAAUCUAUGUUCAGCAUCGUGUGAGGCAACAAAGCAAACUUUUAUGGGACUUGAUAGCAAAUAAGAAUGCCAACUUCUACAUUGCAGGGAAUGCCAAGCAGAUGCCCACCAGUGUAUGUGAUGCCCUGAAGGAAGCCUUUCAGAAAGAGGGUGGCAUGUCUGAAAGUCAGGCACAGGAGAUGCUGGACGCCAUAGAGAAAGUCAGGCGCUUUCAGAGUGAAACAUGGUCCUGAUCCU